ACAGACAGAGGAGGAGGAGUGCACAGCACAGCGUCUCUCAGCAGCGGCGGCGGCGCACUGGGUAAUGAGCUGCAGCAGCGCGCGGUCAUUCAGUUGUUCACCUGCCGUCAUUGUGUCUCCGGACAUGGACUAGUCUAGCGGACGAGUUUGCACACGAGGAGACGAGCCGGAGCCACAGUCGUGUUUCCCAGCCAAAGGACUGCAUCUACCUCGCUGCCUUCGCAAACGCCGCAGACUAGCUGAAGAAGCGUUUGUUAUUUAUGUUUAUUUAUACUUAUUUAUAACAUUUCCCAUUUACAUUGCACUGAAUUUCGAGCACAGAUGCUUCUACAUCAGUUCGUGAAUGGGACGUUGGAGACAAUGUAUCCCAGUAUUCAGAAAGACACGACUUUCACCAAGAUCUUCGUCGGCGGUUUGCCGUAUCACACGACAGACGCGUCGCUCCGCAAAUACUUCGAGACUUUCGGCGACAUCGAUGAAGCGGUGGUCAUAACGGACCGACAGACGGGCAAAUCCAGAGGAUACGGCUUUGUCACUAUGAUGGAUAAAAGUGCAGCGGAAAGAGCUUGUAAAGAUCCCAACCCUAUUAUUGAUGGACGCAAAGCUAAUGUCAACCUGGCGUACCUCGGGGCCAAACCACGCAGCCCACUGACAGGCUAUUCUACUGGAGUCCAGCAGGUCCAUCCGACCCUCAUCCAGAGGCAGUAUGGACUCAGCCAGCCAUAUGUUUACCCUCAGGCCGUCCUGCAGCCCAGUCUGCUUCUGCCCACACAGGUCUCCUCCACCUCCAGCAGCCCUUACCUUGACUUCAGCACUGCCUACGCCCAGUACGCCGCCUCCGCCUUCGAGCAGUACCCCUACGCCGCCUCGCCAGGGUUCCUCAGCUACAUGUACCCUCCAGGCACCGCCGGGCCAUCCUCCGCCAUCUCCACCCCCAUCCCAAACCCACUGUCCACCGGAGGAGGAGCCCCAUCCACUGCCUUCAUCCAGAUCCCUCCACACCAGCUCCACACCGACCGCCUCUAGAACGGGAAACGGGGGACCAAUGCUGAAAUUGCACUAGAACACGGUCAUUGUGGGACAGGGAACUGUGACAUCAUCAGCCUGUGACUGGAGUCGCACACAAAGGGCUUUUUCGUCAGUCGCUUUAUGGACCUUUUCGGACAGGUUACUCUUAUUAUUCAAUAUUCUAUUAUCGGUAGAUGAUUGUUAGGUUAAUAAAUGGUGGAUUGCAGGGAUCGGGAUUUAGUAAAUGAUGAUAAAUCAGAGAUUAUACACACACUGUUGUUCAAAAGUUUGUUUUUUUUAAAGAAUGUUCAUCAAGGAUGCAUUUAUUUGAUUUAAAAACAAGAAGAAAAAAAAAAGCUGUCAUAUUGUCGUUACUAUUUAAAAUAACUGUGAUCUAUUUAAAGUGUAAUUUAUUUCUGUGACGCCAUGCUGAGUUUUCAGCUGUCUUUAUUUCAGUGUCUUUCAGAAAUCAUCCUAAUAGGAUGAUUUGGUGCUUACGAAACCAUUUAUUUUAUCUGCUUAACAUCCUUCUGUAAACAAUGAUCUUUUUUUUUAGGAUUCUUUGUUGAAUAUAUAGGAAGUAGAAAUCGUUUGUAAUUUUCAAGAUGUUUUAAUGUCACUUUUGCUCGAUUUAAGGCAUCCCUGCUGACUACAAGUAUUAAUUUCUUUUAUUGAAAGUCUAACUUUUGAACAACAGUGUGCAUUUAUAUACCGCUUGGAUGAUCUGCAGGAAGAUCUGUUAAGCACAAAGCCUUAGAGACUUCUCCUUUUUUAUUUUCUAUAGCUGUUCUUAUGACACAGAUGUGCUUCCCUUUAUCUCUCUGAGCAAAAACGUGCAUUUUUUUUAACCUGACUUUUUCCAGAUUUAGAUAACUUUUCUAGAAACGUAGCAUUACAGAGACUGUCACCUCUUCAGUUCAUGUAGACUCCUCUCUCCAUCAUAAUAGCUCCACGUAGAUUGUAAUGAUGUUUAAUCCAGUAACACGAGGAUUCAAGACGCGCUGUAGGAAACACACAUUGAAAUAUCGAGUAUUAAUUAUAUUCCAAUUUCUUUGAUCCAUGGUACUUUUUUAGAUGUUUUCGGUCGAUUUUGAUCUGCGGACAAGUCAAAAGCAAGAGUAUUGUGACUAAUGUCAGGGGUUGCCAUUGGUAUUGCUCCACAAGUGACACUACAGGACUAAUGCCAGCAAGAGAGAAAAAACCUGACAGAGGGGCGGUUGAACAGCACAACAGGAUAAUUUGCCAAGACAAUCGGUUUGUUUUCAAAGUGUUUUCAUUUAUCGGCCCUCAGACACUCGAUUGGAAAUACCUUACAGUAAAGCCAUGAGACCAGAACAUGCAAAAUAAAGCCAUUUACAAAAAA